GUGCCUUUGUGGGUUUUAUUUUGGGGAGGGGAACCUGUAGUUUGGGUUUGGCAUUGUGAUCUAUACCUGAAAAGGAGAUUGGGAAGAUGAUGAGAGCAAUCAGAGGUGGAGAAGCGAGCCGUGUGAGACGACGGGGGAAAAAAAUUUAGUAUUCAUUUACUAAGGCUUCCAACUUCAUCAUACCGGGUUGUCAUUACCGGAUAAAGAAGAUACUUUCGGCUGAAGGAAGAUGACAACUGUUGGGGGUUGGGCUGGUAAGGAGAGGACUUCGGCAGCUGCCAUCUCUGCUGGCUGAGGAAACAAAGGAUAUCUCUGAAAAACCUUGGAGAUCUGAGCAUUUAAAGAGUGUGAAGAUUUUGGUGCAUUUUUGGAUAAGUUACCCACUUUUUGAAACAGAUGAGAAUUUGUUCUCUUGAACCUGUCUUCUGGAAAAAUGCACUGAAUCAGAGACUGUGCCUAAUAUGGCUGACUGUGACCUUUACCUCUACUGGAAUGGACCCCAAUGCAUGACUUUGUUACCAUGGUGAUGAUCUUAAGGACAACUCUGGAAAACAAAGGUGCUGAUUCUUUAUCUUGCAGGGCUGAGCUGAACACUCCAAAGAAGAUGAGUCAAGGACCCACUCUUUUCUCUUGUGGAAUAAUGGAAAAUGACAGAUGGCGAGAUCUCAGCAGGAAGUGCCCCCUUCAGAUUGAGCAGCCAAGCACCAACAUUUGGGACUGUUUGCCCGAUAAAAGCGAAGAAAGCUCCAUAUGGCAGAGAGAGGCAGCUAGCACAUGCUCAGUGACUAACUUGAUCAAAGACCUCAGUCUCAGUGACCACAAUGGCAACCCCUCAGCACCUCCCAGCAAACGGCAAUGUAGGUCACUUUCCUUUUCUGACGAGAUGUCUAGCUGCAGGGCUUCAUGGAGGCCUAUAGGGUCAAAGGUUUGGACUCCCGUAGAGAAGAGGCGGUGUUAUAGUGGGGGUAGUGUUCAGCGCUACUCCAAUGGAUUCGCAACCAUGCAGAGGAGUUCAAGCUUUAGCCUUCCUUCCAGGUCCAAUGCUCUUUCCUCAUCUUGUGACCAGUCUGGAUUUAGCAACAGAUUUGGGUGUCAGCCAUGCCAAGGAAUGAGAAGAUCGGCCACACAUGGACAGACAAGCGAUAUCUGGGGAAAUGAUCACAGCUCUGAAGAGAUUAGCAGGGUUGAUAUCCAACGUUCACUCUCCUGUUCCCAUGAUCAGAUUUCCUUUUCGGAAUAUUGUCUGCCCUCAGCAAAUAGCACACCUGCCUCAACCCCAGAGCUGACAAGGCGUUCUAAUGGGCUUUCCCGAAGUCGGUCCCAGCCAUGUGUCCUUAAUGACAAGAAAGUUGGAAUUAAGCGGCGGCGGCCUGAAGAGGUAAAAGAGCAAAGACCUUCACUGGACCUUGCCAAGAUGACCCAGAACUGUCAAACUUUUAACAGCCUUAGCUGCCUUAGCACCACUGUGGAUGACUGUUCUCCGCAGAAUCAGUUCUCACCUGACAUCAGCAGCACCCAGGGAUGGACAACAACCUUGGAUGUCAUGCCAGGUAGGACACCGGCCUGUACCCCUGUGCCAGAGCCACAGUCAAACACAGAAGAAUGUAAAUCUAACAAAGAAGAGGAGUUCUCCUACGAGGAGUCAGAGUUUUGUGCCACAGAAGAUGAGAACAGGAAAGAAGAAGAAAACCCCUCGUGGAGGAACGGCGGGACAGGAGGGGAUAAUGUCUUUCAGCUGGAUGGCGAAUUAGAUAUUGAGCAAAUAGAGAACAACUGAGAACACAGAUGGAAUGAUCCAUCUGCAAUAGAGUGGUAGACCUUCACAGGUGUUGAUGUUGGCAGGUGGGAAAGGACAAGAAGCUUUGCCAAAUUUCAUCAGGUAUCUUGUUAAACCUUGAAACUCUUUAGAACUACUGUAGCCCAUGAGGUUUUUCAAAGAAACUUUAGAUAAAACCUCUAAAUUACAUCAGCACAUUUUUUGUGGGUUCGUGGAUGUAUCAAAACUUGAAAUUGUCAAACUUUAGAAUAACAACAAUUUUUCUUUUUUAAAAAGUGUGUUUGGGAUAGGGCUUAGGCAGAAAGAAAGGAAACAGUAGCUGUUGGCCAUUCACAAAGCAGAUAACAUGCCAUCUAAAGAGGCAGCUGGUUCAUCCUCUGUCUGUUGGGAAUUUAAUCCACUUUGGGUUUGAGAAGGAGUGGACUAUAGUUUGUUUUUAUUGUUGUUGGCUGGUUUUUAUUCUAAACUACACCUCAGCAAUCCUUAUCAAAGGGGGGAAAGGUGGUGAUUAGCAUUGCUAUCUAGAUUUGUUUUUCAUUGGAAUAUAUUUCAGAUUGCGUAUCCGAUAGUUUUUACAAGAUCUCACAGAUCGGAUUGUUUUCUCCUCUGCUGUAAAAUCAAGCUUCCCAGCAUCAUAGUACCUUAUUACUGGUCUUAAGCUCAUGUAAAAAAAAAAUAAUAAUUCUGUAGUCAUCAUAAGCACCAAGAAAGAAAGAAAAAAGCACAAUACAUUUGCCCUGAUUCUGCAGGAGGGUUCAGUGGGUGUGUGCAGAUUUUCACACAUAUAGCCAAACCAGAUGUUGAUGGAUCAGACUGGAGGCAUCUAUUAGUGAAAAUGGGGACACAUUAGCCCAUCUUGGCUCUGCUAGGUGUUAUUUGCUACUGCAUGAAACUGGAUUGGGACCAUUGUGUUUGGGAGAAGAUCAGCCAAAACACUGAUGGAUCCAGAAGUUUAAAUAGCAGAAAUAACUGGGCAGUAACUAUAUGCAUAAAGUGAAAAUGGUGUUUAGGUGACAGGGUGUGAUGCACAGUACAUAAGGAUAAUUAAGAAUAAAUAGUGGAGAUCCUUGAUAUCUGAAAAGGAACAUAAAUACCUUAAUUUUUUGAUGGAGUGGCUAAGAUGUGGACUCAACUGCAUUUUGUUCAGCUUGUCACCACAUCACAUUUGUCACCAGCAAAAAGAACUGAUGGUAAACACUUUGUUCUCCCUACAUAACCUUGGGCUCAUUUCCCCCUCUUACAAAGUGUAAUAUAAAGUCUGUUCAGCUCCACUUUACUUUAAAGUACUUCCAGCCUCCGAGAACAGUGGCAGUUUGGAACCCAAUUGUGGAGCCAGAAUCCCUUCUGAUUCUUUCUUCCACCAUUGUUUACUUUAUUAUUUAUUUCUUUAAAAUAUUGUACCCCACCUUUCUCUUUAAAAGGAUGUGGAUGCUUGGUCCUAAGUCCUCAACAAAUCUGUUGUCUGAUUUUCCCAGUUUGUAGUACAAAAUCUUACUUAGCAGUAAACCUAUUUAGUACAGACUACGUGAGACAGCUGUCAGCAGCAAAAAAUAUAAUAUAAUGGCACAGACUCUGACACACCUUUUGGGGUUUACAUAGAUAACCCUCAGAUCAGGCUUAGUUGGAUAUUGGCAUGAAAACCAUAAGAUACUGAAGAGCACCAGGUAGGAAAGGCUGCUUCAGAGGGUUAACUCUGUUUUCUUUUGAAUUUGCCUGACUUUUAUGACCUGAGUAGGGUCAUUAUUUAAUAAAAAGUGGCCUUAAACAAUUAAAAUGAACUAAUUUGUAUGCUAUAAUAGACAACAAUAACUGUAAGAUGAUAGGAGGAGGAUUGUCUUCCUCCUGUUUUUCUCAGAUCUCCAUUCUAUGUUCACAUUUGUUCUGUCCCUUUCCUCCUUCAAACCACUCCAUUUUUAUGUUCUACUAAUGGGGUUGUACAUGCUCCAUUUUAAUAUUUUUAAAAUCAGAGUUCUGCACAGGUAUGUAGAUUCUGCACCUUGUAUAAAAUAAGCAAAUUUACUUGAUACAGGAGAAGGCUUCUAACCACUGGAAAUUCUGCUUAGAAACCAUCUGGUUUCUAAGAUUUCAUCAGGUCUUACAUAUUUGUAUAUAAGUAUACAACCUUGGCCAAAUGCAUGUAUAUCUGCCUGCAUUUUGUGCUUCCAGAGCUAUGCUAUGCACUAUUUAAAAUUUAAAGAUAACAAAAUUUGAGAUUCUCAAGAGGCCAACUUCCAUGACUAAUCCUAAUCAUAGAAUACAGACACAUGAUCUUCUGUAUACAGAUGUCUGUUUAGAUGAAUUUUGUCCAGUCUUGUUGUGUAUUCUCCUGACUUGGAAAAUUUUUAACUGUACAUCCAUGGAUAUAUUUCCAUUGGUUAAAAAAAGUUGGUUUAGCCGUAACACCAAGCUACAGCCAGACAGUUAUGCAAACAGGCUAUGGACUGGCAUACUUUCCAGCUUCUCCCCUGGGCCACCCUUCCUUCCCUCAAUUUGAAAGCAGCUAGCUGUUAACAUCCAAGUUGCCAAACAAUCAAUUUGAUCUUGUCCAGAAUCUUUGUGAGCAGAGCCAUUUCUGCAUUUGAUUUUCCGCAAUCUUUGAGUAGUUUCACAAAUACUAUAGUUAUCACUCCCCUCCUGUGUAAAUGGCAACAUAUAAUUGAUGUAAAGAGUUACAGAUUGCAUCAAUCCACUAAAAUUAUCUAGUAUCCUAGACAGGGGCCAGAAUUCUGUUAGCAAUUGUGGAGAAUAAUUGUUCUGCAGGCGGAACACUCCAUGAUUGCUGCAGCAGGCUCCAGCUGACAGUUGUGCAAGCCAGAGAUCACUCUGUCAAAAUCAACAGCACCUAUGCGUAUGCAAGGGGGUAGUGCGUGCCAUUUUGCAAAGUUGGCAUAAAAAACCUGCCACAUGGCAUCAGCCUAUUGUACGGAAAAAAAACAAAUAGGAUCCUGGCCAGGACUUCCCAGAGGAUUGCUUAUGACAUACUGUAUUAUGCAUUCAUUUGUAUGUGUUUUUUCUCUGCACAGAUAUAAGAGAAACUCCCCCAGAUAGCUUAUGGUAGGGACAGGAGCGUGUGGCCCUGCAGAGGUCACCAACUCUUAUCUACCCCAGCCAGCAUACCUAAUAGUUAAGGAAUUCUGUUAAGGUAGUUGUAGUCCAAUAACAUUUUGAGGUUCAUAUGUUCCCUAUCCCUGGCUUAAAGAAACAAGCAAUAAAUAUGCACCAUUCUUUUCCAUAUCUAGAUCAUGUGGGACCUGUUUUUCCUAUGACAAGGCUGGUACAAAAUGCAGUUUGAGAUGCUAAUAUUUGAAUGGCUUCACUCCAGCAUUUUUUUCUGCCUUCUUAUUGAUAAUGGUGAAUAAUAAUUAUGUACCCUUUAGCAUGCAUCUUUCAGUUAAAUAAGCUGUUCACUUACAAAAUGGAAAUAUUUUUUAUGUUUACUUACAUAAGGAAAACAUUGGUGUUUUUUUAAAAAGAUACCCUCUCCUUUUUUUGCUGCACUUUUUUCUUCCGUAGUUUAGAUGUUUGUGGCAUCUGAUUCCACAUGGGAGGUUCCAUCCAAGCUGUAGCUUUACAUAUGUCCAGUCAAACUGCACAGAUUUGUUUUUUCACCCUCCUUAUAGGAUACUCAAAAUAAUGUGCAAGCCAAAAGAAAUACAGUAAUAAGAUGAUAAUUAUGUAGGGAAGAGAUUGCUUCAGUUUUGGAUGUCUUGGAUUCCAGAUUUUGGUGCUGUGAAACAAACUGGUAAACAUAUCUAUAAAGCCUUGAUUUUUCUCAGAGGAUACUGCUUUACACGUUCAGAGAGUUUAUUCAACAAAUGCCAAGUUAACAUGCCUCAUCAUUUCAGAACAGGACAGAGCAGGUGUUCACCAUAGUGAUGGGCAAACUUUCUCUGGCUUGCGUUGGGCUUCCAUCCAAUGAACUGAAUUUGGCUCAUUUCAGGCCUGAAUCAGUCUAUUUAACAUUCAGGCCCAUUCACAUCUUAUUUGGCUCACAUGUCAUCUCAAAGAAUCAAAAUUGUCUCUUAGGGUUUCUCCCACAUGGUGGAUGGGGAAACAGGGUAGUUAUUGUGCUAGAAGAGCAGCAGAGGAUUUGGGAGUAAGAAUUAGAUGUGUGUGAUAUGAAGCCAUGUCACAUUACAGUCUGACAAUACUGAAGGGUGAUUUUUAAUUGGCAAUAUUUGUCGUAGUUUUGCCCCAGCUAGAGUGGAAAUCUGAGCCAUUUAUAAGGUCAGAUUAAUGCUGAAUAUAUGUGGAACAAAAGAUGGAAAGUUCACCCAACUAAAUAUCUGCAUGCUGGCAAUCCAAGCACAUUGGUUGACCACUCAAGUACUACCUGGACAAAAAUUACAGAGAACCAGCCCUUAAGAACCAAUGUGAGUGCAGUAUAGGCUAUAAGGUAUACAAGUGCAAAAAUUCAUAUAGAUAUAUGUACAUCCUUUGCUAAUAAAUAAAGCAUGCCAUUGUUAUACAAUACAGCACCCUACAGCUAUAGUUGCUUGAGAAAGACAUAGUAAAAAUGAACCUAUUCAGUUGAAGUUGGAGUAGAACUUGAUAGCUAGAACAUUUGAGUAUAGUUCAGCUGUGCUAGAAGAAUCCAUGAAUCUACUCUGGUACCAAUAUUUUCAAGCAAGCUGUUUGCUGAGCUAUGACUUAAGAUGACAGGUUCUUUGGCACACAUGGUUAUUCAUCAUUUUAUGUACAGUGAAAGGACAAACACCCUUCUUCUCCUAUCAAAUUCUUUUGACUCUUCCUGUACAAAGAAACUACAUCUGCCUUCUCCCAGCUGCUCUUUAAAAAAUGCACACACACAAACUUUCUGCGCAAUCCUGAAUCACCAUCAUCAUGCAGAAUUACACCAACUGUACUACUAAUACAGUUGUAAAGAGGAGGUUGAAUCCAGACUCAGGCAGCUACUCUAUGCCAACUUAAAUGAGAAUAGAUGAACUCAGUGGGGUUUGCUUCCGAGUAAACACAAAUAGGGGUUUGCUGUAUGUAUGUUUGUUCAUGUUAGGCCCCACCAAAAACAAUAGGACAAGUCUGUUCUUUUAAUUCAGUGAGAUCCACAUUUAACUAACGUAGUCUGGCUUCAGCGUUCUGCUUCUUUUCCUGUUAGUUGCAUGUUCAUGAAGUUAACAGUAUUUAGCUUGGAUUGCUUAGAGACAUUUUCCAAAUCUAAUCUAUUUUCAGGUAAAUGGUGGCCCAUCUCAAGUGCAUAGGCACAGCACCCUUUUCUUUACCACAGCAGGCUACAGUUGAAGUAACCGUUCCUGACAGGGGCUGGACUUGGUGACACAUAGGGCCCUUGUGCCAUUUAGCAUGGUAUACUUUGAGAAGUCAUACGCAUUCUUUCAGGUCUGAUUUCUAGAAGUUCCAUUUCCCUUUAGUGCUAUAGAGAUGGCAUUUUUCAUAUCUUGGAUUUGUACACUAUUAAGGGCUUCAAAACAACAAGGGCUGCUACCUACCACUAGCUAAAUACACAGAGUAGGGAAGUGCCCCCAAAGGACCACUGACCAACUCUCCUACUGUAGAUCAGUAUUUACGUAGUUGCAAACCUCCUUUGCCUUAGUAACUUCACUGAAAAACAGCCUUACAGUGGGCACAUCAAUGUAAACAUAGUAUGCUGUUUGCCUAGUAUUAGGCCAAGGCAGUGGAUUCAUUGGAUUGUACUGGUUUUGGUUUUAUAUAAUUUUUAUGUACUGCGUUUUUAAAAGCCUUACUUUUUAAAACAUAGAAGUAAAACUUGGUGGAUUUAUGAAUGAGUGUACAUGUAUGUGUGUGGGUGUCUGUGUAGAUGCAUCUACACACACUCACAAACAUUUUUAGUCUCUGAAAUACAAUAUGUAACAAUAUGUUCAGGGGACAUCCUUUUGAUUGUAACACAGAUGGAUUGCUCGCCAGUAAAAAUCAGGAGCUCAGCUGGAUUAGUUUCCCCAUGUCAGCUGAAAAGUCAUUAGCUCUGUCUCAUAAGGAUCCCUGUCUCGCUUGGAUUAGGUCUCCUGGCAGAUACUCUGUUGCUGCUACCUUCGGUGGACAAGUAUUUUCAUCGGCUGAGCACUAGUGAAGUCUAAUCAAACAGAGAGACGGGCAAUGGCUGGCUUGGAGCACAGACCAUUCUGUACUGUGGACAUUUCAUGACAACAGCACUAUCAGCAAUUUCUACUUUCAAAAGUGAUUUAACUGCAAGAGUUUUGCAUUUAUUGUUAUGCAUCUGUAGUCCAGUGCUCUUUGGAACAGUUUUAAUGAAGUGUUAAGCUAUUAUCAUUUUAAAAAAUGACAUACUUCUGGGUUUGCCUGUAAUUUUUCACAAGAUAGCCUAUCCUCUUUGACCAAUAAUACUGUGUUUCAAGUGCAUUUGGGACACUCCUUACUGAAUGGGACAAGAGGAUCUUUUUAGGAUUGUAGCAGUGUUCUCCAGCGUUUUGUUUUUGAUAUUUAAGAACCAAUGAAUUAAAAAAAAUGAUUGGCCAAAAAGCCUUUAGGAAACCAUAAACUCUGGUAACAGUGAAUGGGUGAAUGAAUGAAUGUGUGUAUGUAUGUGUGUGUGUUCACACAAGUGUAUAUUUCUCUCUGUCCAUGGUAGUUGCACAGUUGCAGACAUAUUGAUGUGUAUACAAAGUCAGCACUGUAGCUGGGUGUUAUGUUUGUUCAAGAUCUACUAUAAAGACUGUUCCUUGACCUGAAAAUUAAGAAGACUGCUGAUUUGUACUCUCUCAAAUGACUUUAUUGCACUAUAGAGCAGCUCAGUCUCAGGAAUUUACUUGUUACUUUGACUGUGUAAAUAAAGCUUUCUGAUUCUGUAACAUGCUA